AACUCGCUAUAUAUUAACCCGCCAAGCGAACCAACCGUUAUCCGGCUUCCAUUGUGGGGAGCUAUAGUAACUCCGACUCGUAAGUAGAGAUGCAAGCUCUUUAUGAAGCCUGUUACCUAUUUCAACCUCGGGCUUCGUCCAAGUGCGGGGAGCUCAGUUACAUAUGAUCGGCGUCAUUCACUAGGAAUCCCUUAAAAGCAUUUUGGGAAAGAUAGAAUGUGCACGGAAAUGGGUGCAGGGGACAAUCCCGCCUCAUCACGAUCGUGCUACCAUUAAUAAAGUAUUACUAUUUGAGAUUCAGUCGCCUUCAUUUCUGUUUAGUGAAACCCGUGAGAGUUGAAUAUAAUAACAUCCGAUUGAAAUUUUACACCAACAGGAAGACUAACCCAUAAUAUAUACCUCGUUUCUGCGCAAAACAAUGGCUCCGGCAGUCUCCGGAUUCAAGCUCAACGAAAACGGCAUUCCAGAUUUCGAAGAGCUUCCCUUAGGGAAAACCAAUCCAACCUACUCAGCAUGGGGUCUCUACGGCGACAAGGACGAGUUAGGGACAUUGAAUCGACUGACUAAUGAACGGGUAGCCGCCGCCGCCCAAAGUGAGAUCAAGACAGGCCACAGAAUCUCCCUCAAUUGGCCACUCAACGCACAAUCCGAGAAGUCGUUCUUCGCGCGGAAACUAUUCCACCAGGAACUAAUCCGCAAGGACCCACGCGUGGUCAAUGACGAUAUCUGGACAUUCAACUCACAAGUUUCAACGCAAUGGGACGGUCUACGCCACUUUGCCUACCAGAAGGAGCGCUUGUUCUACAAUGGAGUGACUAUGGAUGAUAUCCACGGCGUUGAUGCCGAGGGGAAAAAGACAACUGUUAACGGUAUUCAUGCAUGGACCGAACAAGGCAUCGUAGGCCGAGGCAUCCUAGUCGACUACCACAGCUGGCGGCUCUCCCAACCCCCCGAAACCCUCACCCCUUACAACUCCUUUAAAAGUGACUCCAUCCCGCUCUCCUCCCUCCAAGCCUGUCUCGCAGCCCAAGGAACCUCGAUAAAAUUCGGCGAUAUCCUAUUCAUACGCUCGGGCUUCACCGCAUCCCACGCUACCCUCUCCGCCUCAACCCUCUCCUCCCUGCAAUCCAUAAUCCCGCCCUCAUUCGGCGGCAUUGAGCGUUCCAUCCCCCUCCUCCGCUGGCUCUGGUCCAAUUUCUCCGCCGUCGCCGGCGACCAGCCGUCUCUUGAAUCCUGGCCCACACCCAAAGACUCCCCGUUUACACUCCACGAGGUCUUGCUUUCCGGAUGGGGAUGUCCGAUAGGUGAACUCUUCGACCUGGAAAAAUUGGCUGAACAUUGUAAGAAAGCUGGACGGUGGAGUUUCUUCGUAACGAGUGAGCCGUGUAAUGUCCCCGGCGGCGUGGCGAGUCCGCCGAAUGCGGUUGCGAUUUUUUAGGGGAAGGGCGAGGGCCAAGGAAGGGCAAUUGAGGGUAUACUAUCUAUGGAAGAUGUUCGCAUACGUUGAAAGUCAAAGGGAAAAAAAGAGAGCAGAAGGAAAAGGAAGAA